GGUGCUGAAAGCAAGGAGCGGGCGCGGGGGCGGCGAGGCGGACUGCUCCUCCGAGCGCCCCCCUUCUCGCUCCGCGGCUCCUCCAGCCCUCCCCUCCUCCUGCAGCCAUGUUCCACGCUCGAGGAGGGGCGGGGGAAGGGGAGAGGUACGGGGGAUCAGGGCGGAGAGAGUCAGCUCUGCCUAGGGGAAGGAGGGGAUGAGAGUUGGGGAGAGCAGAGGGAGGAAGAGGCGGGGGCAGCGGCUAGCGAGGAGCCAGCGCUGAGUCCUGCAGUAGGACUCCCAGGAGCCACCAUCAUGGUGAAGAGGAAGAGCUCCGAGGGCCAGGAGCAAGACAGCGGCCGUGGUAUCCCCUUGCCCAUCCAAACCUUCCUGUGGCGGCAAACCAGUGCAUUUUUGAGGCCUAAACUGGGAAAGCAGUAUGAAGCCUCUUGUGUGUCCUUUGAACGAGUGUUAGUAGAAAACAAGCUGCAUGGCCUCUCUCCAGCCCUCUCUGAAGCCAUUCAGAGCAUCUCCAGAUGGGAACUGGUACAAGCUGCUUUGCCUCAUGUCCUCCACUGCACUGCAACCCUGCUGUCAAACAGAAACAAGCUAGGACACCAGGAUAAACUGGGUGUUGCUGAGACAAAGCUCCUCCAUACCCUGCACUGGAUGCUCCUGGAGGCCCCACAGGACUGCAACAGCGAGCGUUUUGGGGGCACAGACCGAGGUUCCAGCUGGGGUGGCAGCAGCAGUGCUUUCGUCCACCAGGUUGAAAACCAGGGUUCUCCAGGGCAACCUUGCCAAAGCGCCGCCCAUGAUGAGGAAGAAAAUAACCGAAGGAAGAUUUUCCAGAACUCCAUGGCUACUGUGGAGCUCUUUGUGUUUCUGUUUGCUCCUCUAGUACACAGGAUCAAGGAAUCUGACCUCACAUUUCGACUGGCCAGUGGACUUGUCAUAUGGCAGCCCAUGUGGGAACACAGACAGCCUGAAGUCUCCGGCUUCACAGCACUGGUGAAGCCCAUCAGGAACAUCAUUACAGCUAAGAGAAGCUCUCCUAUCAAUAGUCAAAGUCAGACCUGUGAAUCACCAAAUCAAGACACAAGACACCGAGAGGGACUCCAAGUGGUCUGUGAAACGUUCCAGUCAGAUUCCAUCUCACCCAAGGCCACCAUUUCCGGCUGCCACAGAGGAAACUCCCUUGAUGGAAGUCUGUCCUCCCAAACUUCCCAGGAAAGAGGACCAUCGCACUCCAGGGUCUCUCUCGUGAUACCUCCAUGCCAAAGGUCCCGCUAUGCCACCUACUUUGAUGUUGCUGUUCUUCGCUGCCUACUCCAGCCGCACUGGUCUGAGGAAGGCACUCAGUGGUCUCUGAUGUACUAUCUACAAAGACUGAGACACAUGUUGGAAGAGAAGCCAGAAAAGCCCCCAGAGCCAGAUAUUCCUCUCCUGCCCAGACCCAGGAGUAGCUCCAUGGUGGCAGCAGCUCCCUCACUAGUGAACACACAUAAAACCCAGGAUCUCACCAUGAAGUGUAAUGAAGAGGAGAAAUCUCUCAGUCCUGAAGCCUUUUCCAAAGUUUCAUUGACGAAUCUACGCAGGUCUGCCAUCCCAGAUCUUUCUUCAGAUCUUGGCAUGAACAUUUUUAAGAAGUUCAAGAGCCGCAAAGAAGACAGAGAGAGGAAAGGUUCCAUCCCAUUCCACCACACGGGGAAGAGGCGGCCUCGGAGAAUGGGAGUGCCAUUCCUGCUGCAUGAGGAUCACCUGGAUGUGUCCCCAACUCGUAGCACAUUCUCCUUCGGAAGUUUCUCUGGGCUAGGAGAAGACAGACGAGGCAUGGAAAAAGGAGGCUGGCAAACCACCAUUUUAGGGAAAUUUACCCGGCGGGGCAGUUCCGACGCAGCCACCGAGAUGGAGAGCCUGAGCGCCAGGCACUCCCACUCUCAUCACACGCUGGUGAGUGACCUGCCAGACCACUCCAACAGCCACGGGGAGAACAUCGUCAAGGAAGUGCGAUCUCAGAUCUCCACUAUUACAGUUGCAACCUUCAAUACCACGUUGGCAUCGUUCAACGUUGGCUACGCAGACUUUUUCAGCGAGCAUAUGCGGAAGCUCUGCAACCAGGUGCCCAUCCCUGAGAUGCCACACGAACCCCUGGCAUGUGCAAAUCUGCCUCGAAGCCUCACAGACUCCUGCAUAAACUACAGCUACUUGGAAGACACAGAACAUAUUGAUGGGACCAAUAACUUUGUCCACAAGAAUGGCAUGCUUGAUCUUUCUGUGGUUCUGAAGGCUGUUUAUCUUGUCCUUAACCAUGACAUCAGUUCUCGCAUAUGCGAUGUGGCACUGAACAUUGUGGAAUGCUUGCUUCAGCUUGGUGUGGUGCCCUGUGUAGAGAAGAACAGAAAGAAGAGUGAAAACAAGGAAAAUGGAACUGUAGAAAAAAGACCAAGUGAGGGAACUUUCCAGUUCAAAGGAGUGUCUGGAAGUUCCACCUGUGGAUUUGGGGGUCCUACAGUGAGUGGAGCUGGAGAUGGUGGAGGAGAUGAAGGAGGAGGUGGUGAUGGAGGAGGUGGAGGAGGUGAUGGAGGAGGAGGUGGAGGAGGUGGAGGUGGCCCCUAUGAGAAGAAUGAUAAGAACCAAGAUAAGGAUGAAAGUAUACCUGUAAGCAACCAUAGGCUUGCUCUAACCAUGCUCAUCAAAAUCGUGAAGUCCCUGGGAUGUGCCUAUGGUUGUGGAGAAGGACACCGAGGGCUCUCUGGAGAUCGUCUGAGACACCAGGUAUUCCGGGAGAAUGCCCAGAACUGCCUCACUAAGCUAUACAAGCUAGAUAAGAUGCAGUUCCGACAAACCAUGAGGGAUUACGUGAACAAGGACUCUCUCAAUAACGUAGUGGACUUCUUGCAUGCUUUGCUAGGAUUUUGUAUGGAGCCGGUCACUGACAACAAGGCUGGGUUCGGAAAUAACUUCACCACGGUGGACAACAAAUCCACAGCCCAAAAUGUGGAAGGCAUCGUCGUCAGCGCAAUGUUUAAAUCCCUCAUCACACGCUGCGCUUCAACUACUCAUGAAUUGCACAGCCCUGAGAAUCUGGGGCUGUAUUGCGACAUCCGUCAGCUGGUCCAGUUUAUCAAGGAGGCCCAUGGGAAUGUCUUCAGGAGAGUGGCCCUCAGCGCUUUGCUUGACAGUGCUGAGAAGUUGGCACCAGGGAAAAAGGUGGAGGAAAAUGAACCGGAAUCUAAGCCUGGAAGAGGAAAAAGGUCAGAGGCGGGAAGCGUGGUGGAUAAAGGCCAGGUGACCGCCGCACCUGAGGAAUGUCGCAGCUUUAUGUCCGGUCGCCCCUCACAGACUCCAGAGCACGAUGAACAAAUGCAAGGGGGAAACCUGGGGCGAAAAGAUUUCUGGCGUAAGAUGUUCAAAUCCCAGAGUGCAGCGAGCGACACCAGCAGCCAGUCUGAGCAAGACACUUCAGAAUGCACCACUGCCCAUUCAGGGACCACCUCUGACAGGCGCGCCCGCUCCCGGUCCCGCAGGAUUUCACUCCGGAAGAAGCUUAAACUUCCCAUAGGAAACUGGCUGAAACGCUCAUCCCUCUCGGGCCUGGCAGAUGGCGUGGAAGACCUCCUGGACAUCAGUUCUGUGGACCGCCUGUCUUUCAUCAGGCAAAGCUCCAAGGUCAAAUUCACCAGUGCCGUGAAGCUUUCUGAAGGUGGGCCAGGGAGUGGAAUGGAAAAUGGAAGAGACGAAGAGGAAAAUUUCUUCAAACGUCUUGGUUGCCACAGUUUCGAUGACCAUCUGCCUUCCAACCAAGAUGGCGGAAAAAGCAAAAACGUGGUGAAUCUUGGAGCAAUCCGACAAGGCAUGAAGCGCUUUCAGUUUCUGUUAAACUGCUGUGAGCCAGGGACAAUUCCUGAUGCAUCGAUCUUGGCAGCUGCCUUGGAUCUUGAAGCACCGGUGGUAGCCAGAGCAGCAUUGUUCCUGGAAUGUGCCCGUUUUGUGCACCGCUGCAACCGUGGCAACUGGCCCGAGUGGAUGAAAGGACAUCAUGUGAACAUCACCAAGAAAGGCCUUUCCAGGGGACGGUCCCCCAUUGUGGGCAACAAGCGGAACCAGAAGCUGCAGUGGAAUGCUGCCAAGCUCUUCUACCAGUGGGGAGACGCAAUUGGCGUCCGGCUGAAUGAGCUGUGUCAUGGGGAAAGUGAGAGUCCAGCCAACCUGCUGGGUCUCAUUUAUGAUGAGGAGACCAAGAGGAGACUGAGAAAGGAGGAUGAGGAGGAAGACUUUUUAGAUGACAGUACUGUGAACCCCUCUAAAUGUGGCUGCCCCUUUGCUUUGAAGAUGGCAGCCUGCCAGCUUCUCCUGGAGAUUACCACGUUCCUACGAGAGACCUUUUCAUGUCUGCCCAGACCACGCACUGAGCCUCUGAUGGACUUGGAGAGCUGCAGACUUCGUUUGGACCCUGAAUUAGACCGGCACAGAUAUGAAAGGAAGAUCAGCUUUGCUGGAGUCCUGGAUGAAAAUGAAGACUCAAAAGAUUCCCUUCACAGUAGUAGCCACACCCUCAAAUCAGAUGCAGGUGUUGAAGAGAAGAAAGUUCCCAGCAGGAAGAUCAGGAUAGGAGGUUCCCGCCUGCUCCAGAUUAAAGGAACCCGCAGUUUCCAGGUGAAGAAGGGGGGUUCCUUGUCCAGCAUUCGCCGGGUCGGCAGCUUAAAGAGCAGCAAGUUAUCACGGCAGGACUCAGAGUCUGAGGCUGAGGAGCUGCAGCUGUCCCAAAGCAGGGACACUGUCACUGACCUAGAAGGGAGUCCUUGGAGUGCAAGUGAGCCCAGCAUUGAGCCCGAGGGCAUGAGUACAGCCGGCAUGGAGGAAAAUUACCACAGGAACAUGUCAUGGCUUCAUGUCAUGAUCUUGCUGUGCAACCAGCAGAGCUUCAUCUGCACCCACAUCGACUACUGUCAUCCUCACUGCUACCUGCACCACAGCCGCUCCUGUGCCCGGCUGGUCAGGGCCAUUAAGCUGCUCUACGGAGACACUGUGGACUCCCUCCGUGAGAGCAACAGCAUCAGCAACGUGGCUCUCCGGGGCAAGAAGCAGAAAGAGUGCUCAGAUAAAUCAUGCCUGAGAACACCUUCUCUGAAGAAGAGAGUUUCAGAUGCCAACCUGGAGGGGAAGAAGGACUCUGGGAUGCUGAAAUAUAUUAGACUACAGGUGAUGAGCCUGUCGCCUGCUCCCUUAUCUCUACUGAUCAAAGCCGCACCAAUUCUGACAGAGGAGAUGUAUGGAGACAUCCAGCCAGCUGCCUGGGAGCUCCUGCUCAGCAUGGAUGAGCAUAUGGCGGGGGCGGCAGCGGCCAUGUUCCUGUUGUGUGCGGUGAAAGUCCCUGAGGCUGUGUCCGAUAUGUUGACGUCGGAGUUUCACCAUCCAGAGACCGUGCAGAGACUGAAUGCCGUCCUUAAGUUCCACACACUCUGGAGGUUUCGCUAUCAGGUCUGGCCCCGGAUGGAAGAGGGAGCACAGCAGAUUUUUAAGAUCCCACCUCCCAGUAUAAAUUUCACCCUGCCAUCACCAGUGCUCGGAAUGCCAUCUGUCCCGAUGUUUGACCCUCCCUGGGUCCCUCAGUGCAGCGGGAGUGUCCAGGACCCCAUUAAUGAAGACCAGUCUAAAUCCUUUUCAGCCCGGGCUGUGUCCCGCUCCCAUCAAAGGGCAGAACACAUCUUAAAGAACUUGCAACAGGAGGAAGAGAAGAAGCGUCUUGGUCGAGAAGCCAGCCUCAUCACUGCCAUCCCUAUCACCCAGGAGGCUUGCUACGAGCCCACCUGCACACCCAACUCAGAGCCAGAGGAAGAAGUAGAAGAAGUCACCAAUCUGGCAUCUCGUCGACUGUCUGUGAGUCCAUCCUGUACCUCCAGCACUUCCCACAGGAAUUACUCCUUCCGCCGAGGAUCAGUCUGGUCAGUGCGUUCAGCCAUCAGUGCUGAAGAUGAGGAACACACCACCGAACACACGCCCAACCACCAUGUACCUCAGCCCCCACAGGCAGUGUUCCCAGCAUGUAUCUGUGCAGCGGUGCUCCCCAUCGUCCAUCUGAUGGAGGACGGUGAGGUGCGAGAAGAUGGAGUGGCAGUGAGUGCUGUGGCCCAGCAAGUCUUAUGGAAUUGUCUAAUUGAAGAUCCAUCAACAGUUCUUCGACAUUUUCUGGAAAAACUGACCAUCAGCAAUAGACAAGAUGAGUUAAUGUACAUGCUGCGCAAACUGCUCCUGAAUAUCGGAGACUUUCCUGCUCAGACCUCUCACAUCCUAUUCAACUACUUGGUGGGAUUAAUCAUGUACUUUGUGAGGACCCCCUGUGAGUGGGGGAUGGACGCCAUUUCGGCCACUCUGACUUUCCUGUGGGAGGUGGUCGGUUAUGUGGAAGGCCUGUUCUUCAAGGAUCUGAAGCAGACAAUGAAGAAGGAGCAGUGUGAGGUGAAGCUCCUGGUGACCGCUUCAAUGCCAGGUACCAAAACCUUGGUAGUUCAUGGACAGAAUGAGUGUGACAUCCCAACCCAGUUGCCAGUCCACGAAGACACUCAGUUUGAAGCCCUGUUAAAGGAGUGUCUGGAGUUUUUUAAUAUCCCAGAAUCGCAGUCAACACAUUACUUUCUCAUGGAUAAACGAUGGAACCUUAUCCACUACAAUAAGACCUACGUUCGGGAUAUUUACCCUUUCAGGAGAUCCGUGUCUCCACAGCUGAACCUUGUACACAUGCAUCCAGAGAAAGGACAGGAGCUCAUUCAGAAACAGGUGUUCACUCGCAAGCUGGAGGAAGUGGGGCGGGUUUUGUUUCUCAUCUCCCUCACCCAGAAGAUCCCCACAGCCCACAAGCAGUCCCACGUCUCCAUGCUCCAGGAAGACCUCCUCCGACUACCCUCAUUCCCUCGAAGUGCUAUUGAUGCAGAGUUUUCACUCUUCAGUGAUCCUCAAGCUGGAAAGGAACUCUUUGGCCUUGACACUCUUCAGAAAAGCUUGUGGAUCCAGCUCCUGGAGGAGAUGUUCCUGGGCAUGCCUAGUGAAUUCCCCUGGGGAGAUGAAAUCAUGCUUUUCCUCAACGUCUUUAAUGGGGCUCUGAUCCUGCACCCAGAAGACAGUGCCCUGCUCAGGCAGUACGCGGCCACUGUCAUCAACAGUGCCGUGCACUUCAACCACCUCUUCUCCCUCAGUGGCUACCAGUGGAUUCUGCCCACCAUGCUGCAGGUGUACUCUGACUAUGAAAGCAAUCCUCAGUUGCGUCAAGCCAUUGAAUUUGCCUGCCACCAGUUCUACAUUCUACACCGCAAGCCCUUUGUGCUCCAGCUGUUUGCGAGUGUGGCCCCUCUCCUGGAGUUUCCUGAUGCUGCCAAUACUGGAUCCAGCAAAGGUGUGUCAGCUCAGUGCCUGUUUGACUUGCUGCAGUCCCUGGAGGGAGAGACCACUGACAUCCUGGACAUCUUAGAGCUGGUCAAAGCUGAGAAGCCUCUUAAAUCAUUGGAUUUCUGCUAUGGAAACGAAGACCUGACUUUCUCUAUAAGUGAAGCCAUUAAGCUGUGUGUUACUGUGGUGGCAUAUGCUCCUGAAUCAUUCAGAAGUCUUCAGAUGCUGAUGGUCUUGGAAGCUUUAGUGCCAUGUUACCUACAAAAACUGAAGAGGCAGACAUCACAGGUGGAGACGGUACCUGCUGCCCGAGAGGAGAUUGCCGCCAUGGCUGCUCUUGCAACCUCCCUGCAGGCCCUUUUGUACAGCGUGGAGGUCCUCACCAGGCCCAUGACGGCCCCCCAGAUGAGCAGGUGUGACCAAGGUCAUAAAGGGGCCACCACAGCCAACCACACCAUGUCCUCUGGGGUGAAUACCAGGUACCAGGAACAAGGCGCCAAACUACACUUCAUCAGAGAAAACCUGCACUUACUGGAGGAAGGGCAGGGCCUUCCCAGGGAGGAACUGGAUGAGCGGAUCGCUCGGGAGGAGUUCAGGCGGCCUCGGGAGUCUCUGCUGAACAUCUGCACAGAGUUCUACAAGCACUGCGGGCCCAGGCUGAAGAUCUUGCAAAACCUGGCCGGCGAGCCGCGGGUCACUGCCUUGGAGCUACUGGAUGUGAAGUCUCACAUGAGGUUGGCAGAAAUCGCACACUCCCUUCUGAAGCUGGCACCAUACGACACCCAGACCAUGGAGAGCCGUGGGCUUCGACGCUACGUCAUGGAGAUGCUCCCCAUCACCGACUGGAGUGCUGAGGCAGUGAGGCCAGCCCUUAUCCUCAUUUUAAAGAGAUUGGAUAGGAUGUUCAACAAAAUCCAUAAGAUGCCUACUUUGAGGCGACAGGUUGAGUGGGAGCCUGCCAGCAAUUUGAUUGAAGGGGUUUGUUUGACACUUCAGAGGCAGCCAAUCAUAUCCUUCCUGCCUCACCUUAGGUCACUGAUCAAUGUCUGUGUCAAUCUGGUGAUGGGAGUGGUAGGACCCUCCAGUGUUGCUGAUGGAUUACCCCUUCUUCAUCUCAGCCCUUAUCUCUCACCACCUCUGCCCUUCAGCACAGCUGUUGUCCGGCUUGUAGCAUUGCAGAUACAGGCUUUAAAAGAAGAUUUCCCCUUAAGCCAUGUGAUCUCCCCAUUCACCAAUCAAGAGCGAAGGGAGGGGAUGCUUUUAAAUCUGCUCAUCCCAUUUGUGCUCACAGUAGGAUCUGGAAGCAAAGACAGCCCAUGGCUGGAACAGCCCGAGGUGCAGCUGCUACUGCAGACGGUCAUUAAUGUGCUCCUUCCUCCACGGAUCAUCAGCACAUCCAGGAGCAAGAAUUUUAUGUUGGAGAGCUCCCCUGCUCACUGCUCCACCCCGGGGGAUGCAAGCAAAGACCUACGCAAGGAAGGGUUGGCAGAGUCCACCAGCCAAGCAGCGUACUUAGCCCUGAAGGUGAUCCUCGUCUGCUUUGAGAGGCAGCUCGGAAGCCAGUGGUACUGGCUGAGCCUCCAGGUGAAGGAGAUGGCCCUGCGGAAGGUCGGAGGCCUGGCCCUGUGGGACUUCCUGGACUUCAUCGUGCGGACCCGAAUCCCCAUCUUCGUGCUCCUGCGACCUUUCAUCCAGUGCAAGCUUCUGGCCCAACCAGCAGAGAACCAUGAAGAGCUUUCUGCCCGACAACACAUCGCUGACCAGCUAGAGCGGCGUUUCAUUCCACGCCCUCUGUGUAAGAGCUCCCUCAUUGCUGAGUUCAACAGUGAACUGAAAAUUCUAAAAGAGGCAGUUCACAGUGGAUCGGCUUACCAAGGAAAGACGUCCAUCAGCACCGUGGGCACCUCCACCUCUGCUUACCGCCUGAGCCUGGCCACCAUGUCCCGCUCCAACACGGGGACUGGCACUGUCUGGGAGCAGGACAGUGAGCCAUCCCAGCAGGCUUCCCAGGACACCCUGAGUCGAACUGAUGAGGAGGAUGAGGAAAAUGACUCUGUCAGCAUGCCCAGUGUGGUAAGUGAACAAGAAGCUUACCUCCUGAGCACCAUUGGAAGGAGGCGGUUCUCCAGCCAUGUCUCCAGCAUGUCUGCACCUCAGGCUGAGGUGGGCAUGUUACCCAGCCAAAGUGAACCUAAUGUCCUCGAUGACUCCCAGGGCCUGGCCGCUGAGGGCAGCCUCUCUAGGGUGGCAAGUGUACAGAGUGAACCUGGCCAACAGAACCUUCUCAUUCAGCAGCCACUGGGGAGGAAGAGGGGCCUGAGGCAGCUAAGGCGUCCUCUACUGUCACGUCAGAAGACUCAGACUGAACCCAGAAACCGCCACGGGGCUCGGCUGUCAACCACCCGCAGGAGCAUUCAACCUAAGACAAAGCCAUCCGCGGACCAAAAACGAUCUGUGACCUUCAUCGAGGCUCAGCCAGAGCCAGCAGGUGCCCCAACAGACACACUUCUUGCCACAGGCCAGCCACAGGGCUGCAGCCCAGCCCCAUCCAGAAAACCGGAAGGAAUGGACAAACCAGUGCUCACGUCUUCCCCCGCCAUUGUUGUUGCUGAUCUUCACAGCCUGUCUCCCAAGCAGGGUGAGAACUUCCCAGCUGAAGAAGGAGAAAGGAAGGAGGACACAGAAGUACAAGGUGCUACGGCACACAGCCCCCUCUCUACGCAACUCUCAGACCCUGAUGACUUCACAGGCCUUGAGACAUCCAUCCUCCUACAGCACGGAGACACAGUUCUUCAUAUCAGUGAGGAAAAUGGCAUGGAGAACCCCCUGCUGGCGAGCCAGUUCCCUUUUACUCCCACGGAGCGGGGGGAGACGGAUGUCGACCUAGAUGAGUCUCACGUUUAGUUCUGUACCUUUUAAGUGUUGUAGGUGUAGACGAGACGUGGAAGGGAUCAGUUUGCUGAAAGUUGAAAACAUUCACUUGGAAUAUAUGAAAACACAGCACUUUACACUCAAUGGGUAGCACAAAUCCCAGUAGAUUUUUCUGCCAAUGUGCAUAUUGUUUCACGAACAUCGUUAAAAAAUCAAUGGCUAAGAUGGUUUGGUUGUGUAAAGACCAUGAAAUCCAGGGAGGAAUAAAGGGACAGAGCCAUUUCACUGCACAUUGUUUAUGAUUCAAGAAGCCUUGAGCAAUUAAAAAUGUAUAAUAUUACAGAGCUGCUUACCUAGGAAUAUUAAGAAGUAAUGUAUUCUAAAAAACUAAUGCAAUUUUUUGAGGUUACAUAAUACAUCUCAUGCAAAUGUUUAUUUUUCUAAUUUUAAAAACAUUAAAUCAGGUGGCUAUACAAGUAGCAAUUUACAUAAAAAAUAAUCAAAAGGAAAAUAUUAGUUUGGGGAAACUAAAUAUUAAUAGCAAAUAAAUCUGCAGCCAUUUUUUUUUUGGAUCAAAAAUAUAACCAUUUAGAAGAAAAAAUACUAUUUUUAGAAAUGUGAACUUUUCAAUUUAUUUUUUAACUGUCAUUUUCAUUACAUAUUGUAAAUCAAAAUGCUAAUGCCAUAAGAUCAUUCCAUUUCAUAAUCAACACAGAGAAUAUUCUAGAGAUUAUCAGACAUAAUUCUAAAUUAAGAAGACAUAAAUAGCCUAUAAUAUGAUAAAAAUUAAAUAUAAAUAUAAUAGCUAGAAAGAGAUGGUAUUCCUACUUCUAGCCCUGAUGACAUCAAUGCCAACAUUGGAAAAUAUUGGAAAAUGUAAUUAUUUUCCCUUAUAGUGUCCUGUGCCUGCCCUUAAGGGCAUAUUUUCUGAUAUUAAGAUUAGUGUUAUUAGAAUUGGUUCAAUAAAAUAACUUUUCUCAAUGUUAACAGAUUUAUAUGAUCCUUUAGAUGUUAAGCUUAUGAAGAAAAAAUAUAAAGUGUGCAAUUUCUUUAUAGACACAGUCAGCUUGUGUAUUUUACUUUAACUUGACAUUCAGUUACUUCAAGAAAAGUAUACAACUUAGGAGGCUCAUGAGGCCAUAUCUAGUGUGUUAUUAAUCCUAUAGUAGGGCUUGGCAUCUUACAGUUCAAUAUUAAAUUUCAAAACUUUAACAAUUUAUAUUAGAAAAUUGUUACAUAACUUCUAAGCAUAUAAAAAUUCAUAUACAUACCUAAAUUGGUAUGGUGGUGGGAUUUGUGUAUGUGUUUUCUAGCACUCAAGCUACAGUUUAGACUACAAUUACAUUGCAAUGAAUUUAGAACCCAUUCUGUACACUAAAACUUUGACUACGUUGGUUAUGAAAUGUAUAUGUAUAUAUAAAGGAGACCUGUUAAAACCACCCAAAUCACAAAGGAAAAUUAUUUUCCCGUUAGCAUUGCUUAUUAAACAGGCAUUGUUUGUUAUUGUGAUUUAUAUUUUCCAAUAUAAUUUGGAUUUUGGUCUCAUUCACAAUAGAAUGAAAGAUAUCUGUGAGUUAAAGGACAAAACUAAACAUUGCAAAUCUAAACAUUCAGAAAACAGAGGUGGUAAAUGACCUCUUCUACAUUUUACAAUAUUUUCAGGACAUUUAUGCUUAAUGCUGAGUUCUCAAAUGCAGAAAUACACAUAAAGAAGUGGUUUUAUGAUUCUUGCUAAGGUGAUAUAUUUCAUCUGCUUAAAAUUAUGCUGCUCCCUUAGUGUUAGAGGCCUUAUGUUUGGUAAUUACAAAUGUCUGGGCUAUAUGAGUCUCCUAUAUGUGCGUGUUUUGUUCCAGUUCCUUGAUGCUUGACUCAAAUUCUCUGUGUAUAACUGUAUCAAAUAUUUAAAAAGUAAAAGGGUCGAAGAAAAUUGUUAAACAUCUGACCAGAAUCCUAUAUACCUUUAUAUAUAUAUUUGAAAAGUAAUAGACUGUGUUGAACAUGACUAUGCUGACCUGUCUGCCUUUUAGCCUGAUUCCUUCACUUUAGUGUUAUGGAAGUCUGUUGGAAACUUUUCCAAUAAGCUAAGUAAUGUUGUACCUUGCAAAAAAGCCUCCACUCUGACAAACAGGGCCUUAUAGAAUAGGAAUGUUUUCAUACUGGGACUAUGGAGAUUUUACAGAUGUAUACAUCUGUUCCAUUUAAGGUGCCCUUAAAUGUGUUGAAUGUAAUGUGUUAAAUGUCUGUGUGUAAUUGCUAAAAUACAUGUAUGUGCAUAAGAUUGUCACAAGAUGUAUUCUCAGGAAUACUGUUCCCUGGAUUUUGAAGGAAUAAUUAUUUUAAAAAAAAGUUGGAGAAGAUUAGAGAAAGAUCAAGAUAAGUAACAAUUUUUUAUAAUUCAAAAUGUUAUUGAGUAUAUGACUAAAAGUUAAUUAUUACAUAUGAUAAAUAUAGUAUUGGUAAUACUAGAUCAUUUCUUAAGCUAUGAUACUUAACAAUAUUUAUCUUGUUCAGAGGAAAAUGAAAACAGACACCUAUUUCCCAUGUACAAAAAAAUUGGACUCAACCAAGGGACUGCUCUUCUGAAAUUAACUUUUGAGAGACCUUGGAAUGAGCACGUGUCCUCCACAAUAGUGGGUGUAGAUUUACUCAGAUUCAAUUAAAGCAGUUCAAAUUCUGGAUACACCAUUUUAUACAACAAAAUAUUUAACUUUCGUUUUUCAGUAUUUGCUGCUUUCUGUAAUUCUUUUUGGUAAGUUUUAUUUCUUUUUUCCAAAAAUGAAACUGAGUUAUUGAGUGCAUUGGGACAAGGCACUUAGAGCUAUAGUGUCAAAAGGCAUAAAUGGGGAUAACAAUACUGGGAGAAAAAUCCGUAGAAUUUGGUGGUCUGGUUUGGGCUUGUUGAGUAGGCUGGAAGUAAUGUGUUUACUAUUUCAAGCCUCCAAGAGUACUCUGGGCAGAAUACCAAGAGUACUUUCUUUAGUAUUUGUCCCUUUAAUCAAUUUAAAACAUUCUCUACUCUGCUGUCCAGCUCUGAGAGUAUCUGAACAGGAAUAGAGUAUAUGUUGGGACCAACAGGGAAAAAAAGGUCAUAAUAGAAUGACAGUCCAAUAUAAAAUUAAAUACCCUUUGUCAAGUUAUACAGAGACUUUAAUAGUCUCUGUAAUUUGCUGCUAUCACACCGAGUUUUGCUGUUGCCCUGUCACCUCACACUUCCAAGUCCAUGGCCUUGUCUUGGCCGUGACUAGAAAGUCUCACUUCCUCAUUUACUUCAGUGGGUCCUAACUGCACCUUUUCAGAAACAAAGUUUGCUUUGACACUCAGGAGAAUAAAAAUAAGUUAGAGCAGAAUGUAUUUGGAAAAACUUAAGACAAAUUUACUUAUGUUGUUUUAGGAUCAUUUAGGAUUACAGAUCAAUGUACCUCCAUAUUUUUCAAAAGUCACUGUGACUGCAGGAUGAAAAUCCUUUAUUAGCCAUUUUACAGGUAAAAGCAAAAGAUUGACUACACAGCCGAUUUCCCUCAGAUUACUAUAAAGUUUGUUAUGAAUACUGAAUGACCAAAGAGCAUGGAAAAAAUGCAUAUGAAUAAAUAUUGAAAUGUUUAUGAAAGAUAUUUAUGAAAGACUUCUGUGUUUGAAUAUGCACAUAUAAUAAAAUAAAUCUAAAAAUA